AUGGGGCCUGCUGCCACGGCCGCAGUCAGCAUCCUCGCCUUCCUGCUCCUUCCCGUGGUGAUGCUCGGCCACGUGGCUGCGCAACCGUACACAUACACGGUGCAACCAAACACGAAUUACCCCUUCAAUGACAUCCGCCCUUCAGACGGUCCAGUGAAUGCUCCUGCGUGCGGCAAUUUGGCUUACGGCGACACGAGCCCCACCGCCUGCGAGACGCGCUGCAACGCCGCCGACGCGUGCGUGGGGUUCGUCCACGUUGCUGACGUCAAUUGCUGCUUUUUGAAGAGCAAGCUGGAGGGUCAGAAUGCUAACCCGAGUUGCGUCACCCAUCUGAAGACAGGUAGUGGCAGUGACGUGUAG